AUGAAAACGUCAAAAAUUACACCAUCAUUUUUACUGAUUUAUUUUAUUUUAUUGCUACUCAUCAGUAGUAAUGUGUUACCAUUCAAUAACACAACAUUACCUGAAGAAAACGAUCUUAAUUCGACAACUAACGAGGAUGAAGAAAUUAAUUCAACAAUAUCCGAAGGAAACCCGCUUAUUUUACGUAUUUUGCAUACUAGUAAUAUAAAAGGCCACUUUGAAGAACAAACAGAUAAGAGUAAUGUUAAUCAGAAUAUUACGUACGGUGGGGUAGCUAGAAUCGCUUACAUUGUUAAUAAAAUAAGAAAUCUCAAGUCGGAAGAUGACGCUAACACGUUGUAUGUGGAUGUGGGAGAUGUAUCUGUUGGAACUGUUUGGACUGCGGUACACAGAGAUACAAUUACCACAACAUUUAUGAAUGCUUUAAAGCCAGACGUGAUGUGUUUAGGAAAUCAUGAAUUCGAUUAUGGAAUUUCAGGGCUACUCAAAUUUGCGAGAAAUGUAACAUUUCCUUUAGUAGUAUCAAAUUUGGUGUACAAUAAUGAAACUGAGCUUGAAUCACUGAUAAAACCGUCAGUUAUAUUAACUAUAAAUGGGACAAAAAUCGGAAUUGUGGGGUUUUUGGCCAAGUUCACCAGUCAUAUGACCAACUUAAAGACACUAAAAGUUACCGAUGAACUUAGCGCGGUUACUAAAGAAUGUAAAAAACUAACAGAACAAGGAAUUAAGAUUAUUAUAGCGCUUGGGCAUACAGGUUUUCGAAUGUGCAAACGAAUAGGUAAAUUCGUGGAAGACAUUGAUGCUGUGAUUUGUGGUCACCGUCAUACAUUUCUAUAUAACGGUAUUGGACCAAGUAGUGAAGAACCACUUGAUGGUUACCCAAGAAGAGUUUCUCAAAAACACGGAAAAUUGGUUCCUGUAGUUCAUACUUAUGGUUACACCAAAUACAUCGGAGAUUUUAACCUCACAUUUGACGCAAAUGGAACGGUUACAUACAGCGAUGGAGAACCCAUUUUUUUGAACGAAAUGGUUCCUCAAGAUGAAAAGAUUUUGUCGCUUUUAGAUAAAUUUCGCCCCGAAGUAGUGGAGUUGAGUAGUUCUAAUAUAGGACAAUGUUUAGUUGAUCUUGAUAUUGAGUGUCGUAAAUUUGAAUGCAAUUAUGGCAAUUUAGCCGUUGAUGCUUUUAUACGAUACCGUAUGGUUCGUUAUAAAGGUAAAGAUUGGACUGAUACUGCUGUUGCUUUAUUCAAUUCUGGUGCUAUAAGAGUGCCUGUUAUUACCAACAUAUACAAUACAAAUGUGACAAAAGGCGACAUUUAUGCAUCUUUUCCGUAUCGCCAUCCCUUAUACAUUGUUAAAAUGACCGGCAAAGAUUUUCUGAAAGUUUUGCAACAGAGUGCUCAAUCGUACGAUAAAGGAGGUUUUCUAAUUACAGCUGGAUUGAAAAUAAUCUUUAAUGACAUCCCAGCUCUCACACCAACCAUCAAUUCGGUGUUGAUAAGAAGUAUCGAUGAGCACAACACGCCUACAUACGUCCCAAUAAAAAUGGACGCCUUGUAUAACUUUAUAACUACGGAGUAUUUAGUUAAGGGUGGUGAUCGAUAUUCGAUAAUUCAGAAUAAUGCUAAAUUAAUUACUCCACUUGAAGUAACGGACGUCGAAGCUAUUAUUGAAUAUUUUAAGGUAAUUAAAGAUCUUAUGCCAGCAGUAGAAGGAAAAUACGUUUUUAAACAGUUGACAGAUAGUGCAGUACAAAUCACUUUACCAAUUGACAAUUUACAUGUUGUAAGCAUAGUGAUAUAA